AUGAGACUGCUCAUUGUGCUCACCGCACUUCUCGUCCCCUAUUCCCUCCAUGCACAGCUCUCCGAAGACUCUUCUGAAUUAGAGUUUGGCGGACAACCACCUCGUCCAUCACCAGAUGGACCUCCAUUCCCCCGUUUCUUGAUGCAUGUGCCGAGAUUUGCGAGAAAAGAGUUUUUCGAUAUUGUGAGCAAUGAGCAACUCUCUCAAAAUCAACAGAACGAGCAGCUAACCAUUUGGGCGAAAGCAUUCAAUGUUUCUGACGAAUUCAACACUUGGGCGAAACAAGUACAAGAGCAGAAAGAGGCAGUGAGUCAGAAUGUGCAAGCGGUUGUUGCCAACAUUUCCACAGUUUACAACCAAUUGGAGGAGAUUCUCUCAAACACUAAUUUAACCCGACGUGACCAGCACGAUCAGAUUCGUAAACUUGGAGUCACUUUCCCAAGAGAAGUUCGUACCUUGUUCUUUAUUGCUCGCAACUACCGCCCAGAAAGCAAGACUCCAGUUUUUGGUCUCGAACAAGGAGUGCGCGUGGGGAUGAAACCACAAAACUCUAUAAACCCAUUCCGAUUCCAACAGAACCAACCAUCGCAGUCAAUGAUGAUGUUUGCCCCACCACCGCCAUUCAUGUUCGGUAGAAUGAAUCAAUUUAAUCGGCAAGGUGGACCUCAAAGUGAUUUCUCCGGUAGACUAGGACCACAAGGUGGUCGUGGAGGACAGAAACCAGAUUUUGGACCCCAAUCUCAACAAGGAGGCCGUGGUGGACGUGACCAAAACCCUGAGAAUGAUUUCUCAGAAGUAGGAGGUCGCGGAAGACAGAAUCAACAAGGAGAAGGCUUUGGAUCUCAGGACAACCAGAACAUGGGAUCUCAGUUUGCCAAGAGACAGUUCUCACGUGGUCCACGUAAGGAUAUGAACUCUGAUUCUACUGAAGACUCAAAUAACAACAACAACUUUGAUUCUCAAAAUAGUUUGAGCAGAAGAGGACCAGGAUCUCAGGGUGGGCGUAGAGGACAAGGACCAGACUUCGGACCAUCCGAUGACUUCCCAGACCGUAGAGCACCAGGAGGACCACCAGGAAGACGUGGAGGACGUGGAGGACAGGGACCAUCCGACGAUUUUCCAGAUCGCAGAGGACCAGGAGAUUCAGGACGUGGAGGACGUGGCGGACAAGGACCAGACUUCGGACCGUCUGAUGACUUCCCAGAUCGCAGAGGACCAGGAGGACCAGGACGUGGAGGACGUGGCGGACAGGCGCCAGACUUCGGACCAUCCCAUGACUUCCCAGACCGUAGAGGACCAGGAGGACCACCAGGAGGACGUGGAGGACAAGGACCAGACUUCGGACCAUCCGAUGACUUCCCAGACCGUAGAGGACCAGGAGGACCACCAGGAGGACGUGGAGGACGGGGAGGACAGGGACCAGACUUCGGACCACAAGACGACUUCCCAGAUCGUAGAGGACCAGGAGGACCAGGACGGGGAGGACGUGAAGGACAGGGACCAUCCGACGAUUUCCCAAACCGUAGAGGACCAGGAGGACCAGGACGUGGAAGCCGUGGAGGACAAGGACCAGACUUUGGACCAUCUGGUGAUUUCCCAGACCGCAGAGGACCAGGAGGACCACCAGGAGGACGUGGAAGCCGUGGAGGACAAGGACCAGACUUCGGACCGUCCGGUGAUUUCCCAGACCGUAGAGGACCAGGAGGACCACCAGGAGGCCGCGGUGGACGUGGAGGACAGGGACCAUCCGACGAUUUCCCAAACCGUAGAGGACCAGGAGGACCACCAGGAGAACGUGGAGGGCGUGGAGGACAGGGACCAGACUUCGGACCGUCCGGUGAUUUCCCAGACCGUAGAGGACCAGGAGGACCACCAGGAGGACGUGGAGGACGGGGAGGACAGGGACCAUCCGACGAUUUCCCAAACCGUAGAGGACAAGGAGGACCACCAGGAGGACGUGGAGGACAGGGACCAGACUUCGGACCACAAGACGACUUCCCAGAUCGUAGAGGACCAGGAGGACCAGGACGGGGAGGACGUGAAGGACAGGGACCAUCCGACGAUUUCCCAAACCGUAGAGGACCAGGAGGACCAGGACGUGGAAGCCGUGGAGGACAAGGACCAGACUUUGGACCAUCUGGUGAUUUCCCAGACCGCAGAGGACCAGGAGGACCACCAGGAGGACGUGGAAGCCGUGGAGGACAAGGACCAGACUUCGGACCGUCCGGUGAUUUCCCAGACCGUAGAGGACCAGGAGGACCACCAGGAGGCCGCGGUGGACGUGGAGGACAGGGACCAUCCGACGAUUUCCCAAACCGUAGAGGACCAGGAGGACCACCAGGAGAACGUGGAGGGCGUGGAGGACAGGGACCAGACUUCGGACCGUCCGGUGAUUUCCCAGACCGUAGAGGACCAGGAGGACCACCAGGAGGACGUGGAGGACGGGGAGGACAGGGACCAUCCGACGAUUUCCCAAACCGUAGAGGACAAGGAGGACCACCAGGAGGACGUGGAGGACAGGGACCACAUUUCGGACCACAAGACGACUUCCCAGACCGUAGAGGACCAGGAGGACCAGGACGUGGAGGACAGGGACCAGACUUCGGACCAUCUGAUGAUUUCCCAGACCGUAGAGGACCAGGAGGACCACAAGGAGGACGUGGAGGACAAGGACCAGACUUCGGGCCGUCUGGUGAUUUCCCAGACCGAAGAGGACCAGGAGGACCACCAGGAGGCCGCGGACAAGGCCCAGAUUUUGGACCAGGAUCUCAAAGAGGUCAAAACGGUCGUCAAUUCGAUGAAUCCGCCCCAUAUCAGAAAUAUUUCGAACGUCAAAUGAACUCAGGAAUGCGAUUUGAUCAGUCGUCAGGAUUCGGAAUGCGCAGACAAUCUUCUCAACAGGAGAACGAAGUCGCCAACGAUCAAUAA